AUGUCUUCGUUGAGGCCAGAACAGCAUACAGUCCAUCAUUUCACCCAUAUUCAUUCAUUAACGAAGGUUGACGGAUAUGGCGAGUUCACAUGCGGCGGUUGCAAAACUUUUGGCUUUGGGAAGACCUACCGUUGCUCCUGGUGCGACUACAAUCUUCACGAACACUGCGCUACGUGCCCCCCUACUCUCUUCAGCUUCAUGCACCCACAACACGACCUCCAACUAGUCUUUAGAGGACCAGAGCAAACGCACCAUGAAAAACGUAUGUGCAACAUCUGCGACGAACCAGCCGAAGGGCUCUUUUACCAAUGCCAUCCUUGUGGCUUCGACGUCCAUCCACUCUGCACACAGCUGCCUCAGCACGUGAUACACGUGCCUCACGCCGCCCAUCAUUUAGAGCUGAGUCACUGGGGAGCGAGCAGCGCGUGCAUGGUUUGCAGCGGUGCAAUCAGGUCUUGGCGGUACAAGUGUGGCCCAUGUGGGUUAGAUGUUCACAUGGAAUGUGUUAAUACGUCUGCAGCGUCAGUAGCAACAAUUCAGCAGAGGUGUUAUGGGCCACAACCGCAUUAUCACCCUUCUCAGUAUUAUCAUCCUUAUUACAAUCAUGGAUAUACAAACCAUCAAGGUCAGGUUCAAGAGUCCACUCCGAGCAUAGGAAGAAGAAUGUUUAGCAUUUUAAUGGCUCUAACCGUUGGGGUUAUCUGCAAUAUUGUAGCUGCGCCGGUCUCUGAUGCCUUUACUGGCGGCUUCUGA